AUGUUUCGAAACCCAUGGAUCUCUAGUUACCAUGUGAACCAUGUGGAGCACUGUCGCCAAGCUCCCUCCAAACUUUGCAGCUCAACCUCGUUGCCAACUGACGCCUUAAGUUUUCAGAGUGACUUCUCCUUGGGUAACACGACUGCCUUGGUCAAGAGUGUUUCGGAUACAGAUGCCAAACUUCUGGUGGCCCUCCCCAAAGUUUCAGAGUUGAGGAAACACUUUGAGGCACCUAUUCCAACAGAUUUAGGAAUGAACAGGAAAGAUAGGAUAGCCCGGCGCCUAGAUGGGAUUGAAAGUGACGCUCCACCUGCCCUGUUGCCCGGUGGUUUGGUAGCCAACAGAAUGCUGGAGGAGGAUCCGCCGCGGUACACCCGCGCCUCAGACCCCUGUGAGCCUUGUGUGAUGGUGAGGCGCUACAGUCAGGAGGAGCUGGACGCACCCCAGAAGCAGGUCUCAACUCCGGAGAGAUCACCACAGGUCAAAGGAGGUGUUGGCGGAGGCCGUCAAGAGCCAAGGGUAGUGUACGUUGAGCCGGUGUCGUUAUCCACUUCUUCUACACCCACAUCUGGCCCUACAGACAACAGCAGCCUCAGUUCCAAGGCCGAACGUAUCGCCCGCUACAAGGCCGAGCGCCGUCGCCAACUGUCAGAGCGAUACGGCAUCCUCUUGGACCAGGAGGCAGACAUUGAUUACACACCGCGCUACCGUUCCCGCCGUGACCAUGACACCUCUGACCGUCAAAGUACAACCAGGCGAGACAGACAGGAAGUGGAGGAGCCAGGAGUGCCGUACCGCUCUGGGGUGGGUAGGGUUUACAUGAGGACUCACCCAGAUUCUGCACCUGUUGCCACAUCAAGCCCCGCCCACACAAACCAAGACCCUCCCUCCUCACAAGAGAGACCGAGUAGAUUCUCGGAGCGGGAGAGAGUGAUGAACAUGGAGAACUACCGACGUGGUGGAGCUCAAGAGCGCCCAGUGUCUUCUCGAACCAGAACCCAUGAGCAACAUCCGCCCCAACAGCAACAGCAACAACAUCCCCAUCACCACCAAGAUGCCGCCCACCAGGAGGCAAGCACCGCCUCCACCAGCAUUGCAGCGGUGCCCAGCUCUCCUCGCACCGCCCGCCGGGCCUCCCUGCCCUCCACACGCUACGGCAUCUCACCUGGGGAUUUAUUCAUAGAGCAGCAGGCCCAGAGUAUCCUCAACAGGCAGGGCCUUGCCGCCCUGUCACAGAGCGACUGGUCUCUCAACACAGGCUCAGAGAGUGACACUCAGACAGAAGUCAGCUUGCCGUCAAGAAUCCGAGUAAGGGAACGAUUGUCCAGGGACGAAACUGUCCAGAUGCCCACUGAGUGGAGUCCAGACAGGCACCACGGUAACAGACAACCUGCUCGGAGGAACACGACACAGUUCAUGCCACAACGCUCAGAGUCCACCCAGCAAAGAACUGUUCCUCAGUCUCAGCACAGUACAGGCUACCAACCUGUCCAUGGCCAAACAGCCUACCCUCCCUCUGCCCAUGAGUACCAACACUCUGGUCCUGCUGUGGAACAUGAGCCAUAUUUGGCCAUGCCUGCCCCAGUUGCCACUGCAAAACUACCCGGACCUCCCGAAGUACCACCACGAAGGAGAGUGAGUGCUGACCAAAUCUAUGCAGCACACAGGGAAGCAAGAUUGGAGGCCAGACAAGCCCUGAAAAAAGAACCCCACACAGAGGGCCUGCUGAAGAGCAGGAAAGCUGUGUUGCCCUCAGAGAUCCGUCGAAGGGAACGAAGUGUGGACGAUCCUCAUAGAGGCCAGCAUGAAGACAUGGAUUGGCAGAAUUACAGCCCACAACGGAGAAGGAGGAGUCGAGGUGAGGAAGACUGGGACAGGGAGAGACCGAGAGAGAGAGGGAGGGAGAGAAAUAUUGAGAGGACCAGAGAAAGGGGAAGAGAGCAUCUCUCUGGCCAUGACAGCCAAGAGGAGAGAGUAUUUAGAUCACAUCAGCCUUCCCAUUCGUCUGUACACCAGCAGCCUAUGCAGCAGCAAACUAUAGAGCCUGUGUACCAUCAAGAGCCUCAAAUGCAGCUGCAAGAACCAGAGAACAGAAAUAGACAUCAUGGCGCUCAAAUUCAACAGCAAGAUCCUCAAAGGCACCAUCAAUUCGACCACUUUAGACAACCCCAAGAGCCACAAGGACAACUGCAACAAGAACCUCAUAUUCAGUUGCAAGACCACAGGAGAAAACAAGAAUCCCAACCAAACGAAGAAUUUGAGCCUCAGAGGCAGCAUCAGCAGGAUCUGUCAAGGCGACAGAGGUCUGACUCAGCCAUCUACCUUCAGAAAGGCUCCUCUUUGCCUCAGGCCAAACAGAGAACCAUGGAGAUGAGCGGAGGACCCAAACCCAAGACACGAACCCGCUCCAUGUCAGAUAUAGGUAUAAGCCAGCAUUCUACCAUGUUUCGUUUGGAGAGAGCAGCUGCCAACAGAGAGACAUCCAGGAUCGUCCCUCCAUCAGUGAUGGCUAACGGAGAUGUGGGCACGCUAGACACCAGGGUGUCCGUAGCACAGCUGCGACACUCGUAUCUGGAGAAUGCCAACCGGAAGCCUGAGUUUGAGACUACUAAAGUAGAACUGUCAGCAAUGGAGGUAGAUCCGGCUAGUCCAGCGGAUCGGGACAGGGGUGCUCGGAGGCCGCGACGCUACAUCCAACCAGGAGAGAGUCGCAUGUCGGAGAGGUUUAGGACGCAGCCCAUCACCUCUGCAGAGCGUUUGGAGUCUGAUAGGUCCCGUCUAAGUCCAUCACAACUGCAGGAUCCUGAGGAAGAAGAAAAACUGGACGACAGAGCUAAGAUGAGUGUGGCUGCCAAGAGGUCUCUCUUCAGGGAGCUGGAGAGGGCAUCAGACGGAGGUGUUCCCAAACCACGCUCUCGAAACGCUGCCGUAGAGAGACGUUUGAGACGGGUUCAGGACCGGUCACACACACAACCCGUCACCAACAAAGAGGUGGUCAAUGCUUCAAGUGACCCUGCAACAUCACCACAGCCUGUGGGAAUCCACACUACUGUACCUUGCAUCACCAGCCCCACUCUAGUCCGCACCAGUAUGACUAAUAUCAGCAUCCAGGCCCCCUCCCAGCCAGACUCAGCAGGCCAGGAGCAGGAUACCCAGGAGCAGCAGAAACCAACUCAAGCUCCUAGUGCUGGGAAAGAGGGAGAUGGCCUUGUGGUUGACUCGGAUGAGCCUGACUUGUCCUCCCUGACUUUGGCUGAGAAGAUGGCUCUCUUCAACCGCCUCGCCCACACUACUGGCAAGACUGCUGAGGGGGCCCGAGGGGACACCCGCCAGCGCAGGGCCAACGCCCGUUUCCAGACUCAGCCCAUCACCCAGGGAGAAGUGGACCAGGAAGCUGAGCUGCCGGUAACUUCUACAGUGCGUAACAACGACUUAGAGCCCAAUCAGGAGGAACAUCUGAAAAAUGGAGGCGAGAUCAAACUGGAGCCCCUUUCAGCCUCCUUGGUCCGCUCUGUGGCAGCCGUCACCUCCCAAGCCUCCGUCACCUCAGUAACCAUGACGCCAGGCAGCGGUGGCAUCAGUGAUGAUAGCAGUCUCCGUCCAGGGAAAUCCACUGCCAUGCCCUACAUCCCUGCCCAACAACAGGCUGUCAGCAUCACAAGCAGCCACCAGGAGAGGGCGCUGAGGUAUUUCUCCAUGACCCAAAGUGGGGACCCAGGCCACCCCGAGCCUGAGAUCGACUCCUCCCCUCUCCUCCCUGAGAGCCGAGAGAGAGUGGGGGCUCCUCCUGCUCCCACCUCCUCCACUAGUCACAGGCGACAGGGAGAGGCAGAGGAGGAGGGCUGGCGAAACCGGCAAAAGGAGGCUGUUAGGGGGAGACAGCAGGGAGGAGCCAGAGAACAGAACCAAGAAAGCAGCAUUAAGGGAAAGCCACACUCCCCGGAAAGGGACCGGGACGAAGGGCAGCUGCAGCAGCAUCCCCAGCCUCAGCACUCUGCCAAGCCCUCUUUGUGGAGGGACGAGUCAGAGCCUGUGCCCAGCUGGAGAGCCGCAGACGGAGACUCCCAGGAGAAUAAGGAGAGAGCAGAGGGAGGAGGAAGAGGACGAGGAGGCUACCUGAGAGAAUCUGCAAUAGCUCACAGCUCCUCUGCACAGGAGCUGCACCUCACUGAGAGGAGCACCGGCUGGAGUCAGGCAGGCAUCUCAGACUUGCAAGAUCACCCGGCAUCACUGAGGCCUCUGGUAGCUAAAGUAUCAUCCAGGACCGUAUCUCACGUGUCGAGCAGCCAACAACAGCAGCAUCACAUCAUCCAGCCGCCUCAAACUCUUCCUAAAUCCUUCACACAGCAGCCUCCUCCAGCCCAACCCAAACCGCAGUCACACAUCCAGCCCGCCCAGCCUCCGACAACAUAUCCCAAAACUUUCACCCAAUCCCCACAAGCUCAGCCAAAACCUCAGGGAUUCAUCCAGUCCCUCCCUAAGCCUUUCCCGCAGACAGUCCCCCAGCCUCAACCCAAAUCUCAGGUGCCUCCACAGACACCACCAAAACCCCAGUCCUUCCCCCAGGCGCUGGUCAAGUCCCAGUCCCUGCCUCUGGACCACAGCGAGGACUUCAACAGGCACAGUGUCCAUUCUGGAGAUCCGCUGUCCCCCACGGAGUCUGGGGACCAACUGUCUGACGACAUGUCCUCCAAACAGAUGUCCAUCAGGGAGAGGGUGGAACUGCUGAAGAAGAGUGGUGAGGAGGACUGGAGGAACAGGAUCAACAAGAAACAGGAAGUAGUUAAGGUGGCGUCCAGCGAGCAGCAGACUCAGCUAUGGGAGACAGAGCAGACCUACGAGAAGAAGGAGGAAGGGGUGGUCGUUCAGGAAUACUCUUCUGUGUCUGUGUCUGAACAGCUGUGGGAACCUGUCUUCUCUUCCACUUUUUCUCCUCCUAUCUCCCUCGGCCAAAAGUGUCAGUAUAUUGACCAUCACAUUCAGAAGAGUGGAGAGGAGAUUGAGGCCAAGAUGACAAUUGAGGAGAGGAAACACAUGAUUUCGACUCGGGAGGAUGCCUGGAAAUCAAAGGGGAAGGGAGCGGCCAAUGACUCCACCCAGUACACUGUGGCUUCCCGUAUGGUCAAGAAAGGCCUGGCUGCUUCCUCCUCAGUUAUCAGUCCCAUCCUGUCACCGGUCUCCACCAGACUCAAGAGCAACAUGCCGGCUAUCAACAAACCACAAGAGGAAAUUGAGGCCAGACCUGAAAUGGAAUCAGACAAGAAAUUAGAUAAGUUGGAGAACUUCUUGGGACGUCUGAAUAGCAAAGUGGCAGGUCUGCAGGAAACCACACUGACAGUGACUGAGAAGGCAGUGAAGGAAGUGAUGAAGCUGGACGACGAGAUCUUCUCCAAAUUCUACAGACGUGUUGCUGAAUUCCCGCGCAUGCCCACCAGGAUCGAGAUCAGUGAGGACUUUGACGCCAUAUUCGGUUCUCAGGGUCCAAAGCUGACUUCAGCCAUGGUGCAGCACAAGCGGUCGGUGCGCCCGUCCAGGAACGUCCAGUCGUCCAGAAACCCUGUAAAGAUGCUGGCGGCCAGAGAGGACAUCAGACACGAGUACACCGAGCAGAGACUGAACGUGGCACAGCUAGAGAGCAAGAGGAUAAAGACUGAGAAGACAAAUAAAACCUCUGAGUACUCUGAUGCCGCUCUAGCAGGUCUGGCCAGUAAAGAAAACUUCAGUAGUGUGAAUUUGCGCAGCGUCAACAUCUCCGAGCAGAUGUCCAACAACAGCGCUGUGCCGUACAAGAACCUCAUGCUGAUGCACAUCAAAGGUCGUCGUCACGUUCAGACCAGAUUAGUCGAGCCGAGAGCGUCAUCACUUAACAGUGGAGACUGUUUCCUGCUGGUGACUCCGGAGCACUGCUUUGUCUGGAUCGGAGAGUUCUCAAAUGUCAUCGAGAGGGCAAAGGCGAAAGAUUUUGCCACAUUCAUCCAGACCAAGAAGGACAUGGGCUGCAGGGCGAACCAUGUGCAGACCAUCGAGGAAGGGGUCAACUCACAGAGUCCAGAUACUCAGCAGUUCUGGGCAAUUUUAGGAGGACAAACCGCUUACCAAUCGGCGGGUCCACCAGAGGAUGACGAGCAGUUUGAGAACGCCAUCGUGGAAACCAACUGUAUCUUCCGUCUGCUGGAUGACAAACUGGUUCCUGAUGAUGAAGAGUGGGGGAAGGUCCCUCACAGCUCUCUGCUGGCGCCCAAAGAUGUGUUGGUGUUUGACUUCGGCAGUGAGGUGUACGUGUGGCACGGCAAAGAGGUGACUCUGGCCCAGAGGAAGGUGGCUUUCCAGCUGGCCAAACACCUCUGGAACGGGACGUUUGACUACACCUGUUGUGACAUCAACCCGCUGGACCCCGGAGGCUGCAACACACUCAUACCCAGGAAGGGCCAGGGCCGUCCUGAUUGGGCGAUAUUCGGCAGGCUGACAGAGCACAACGAGACAAUCUUGUUCAAGGAGAAGUUUGUGGAUUGGACUGAAGCAAAGUCUCCGACACCGAAGGAGGAAUGCGAGCUCUUUCCCGAGCUGAAGGAGGCCCCGGGACGAGACUGCCGGCCUUAUGACGCCACCCUGAUGCUGCCCGUCCUCCAAUCAUCCAUUUCCACCAUCUUGGACGGUAUAAAUGUCGGCCGCGGACAUGGCCCGGUCGAGACCGAGGACCACAUGAGGAAUCAGGAGAUCAGCACAGUCUCAGUGGACGUCUGGCACAUCCUGGAGUUCGACUACAGCCGCCUCCCACGCCAGAGCAUCGGCCAGUUCCACGAGGGAGACGCCUACGUGGUCAAAUGGAAGUACACGGUCACCACCUCAGUUGGUCGUAGGCAGAACCCGGAGGCGAGGAGUAGCGGGCCGGGGAAGGAGAGAUGCUGCUACUUCUUCUGGCAGGGCCGAUACUCCACAGUCAGCGAGAAGGGAACGUCAGCGCUGAUGACGGUGGAGCUGGACGAGGAGAGAGGGGCGCAGGUCCAGGUGCAGCAGGGGAGGGAGCCUCCAUGUUUCCUGCAGUGCUUCAACGGAGGAAUGAUUGUCCACUCUGGCAAGAGAGAGGAGGAGGAGGAGAACACUCAGAGUGAUUGGCGUCUGUACUGCGUGCGGGGCGAGGUGCCGGUAGAGGGCCACCUGCUGGAGGUGGCGAGUCACUGCAGCAGCCUGCGUUCCCGAGCCUCCAUGAUCCUGCUCAACAUUAACAAAGCCAUCAUCUAUCUGUGGCACGGCUGCAAGACGCAGCUACACACUCGCAGCGUGGGAAACACAGCGGCACUUAAGAUCAAAGAACAGUGUCCUCUGGAAGCAGGUCUCCACAGCAGCAGCAAGGUGACCAUCCAUGAAUGUGAUGAGGGAGUGGAGCCUCCGGGCUUCUGGGAGGCUCUGGGGAGAAAAGACAGGAAGGCCUACGACUGCAUGCUGCAAGAUCCAGGUAAAUUCAACUUCACCCCGCGGCUCUUCCAGCUGAGCAGCACAUCUGGAGAGUUUGUGGCCACUGAGUUCUUCCACCCGUCCAGAGCUCCAGACCUGGUCAGCUCGCUGCCCUUCUUGCAGGAGGACCUGUACAACGCAUCACAACCUGCUUUGUUCCUGGUGGAUAACUUCCACGAGGUUUACUUGUGGCAGGGGUGGUGGCCUCAGGACAGCGAGUGCACCGGAUCGGCUCGUAUCCGCUGGGAUGCAGACCGGAAGUGUGCCAUGGAGACCGUGCUCCAGUACUGCAGAGAGAAAAAUGACAAGAAGUCUCAGAAGUCGUAUCUGAUCCACGCCGGUCUGGAGCCGCUCACCUUCACCAACAUGUUUCCCAGCUGGGAGCACAGAGAGGACGUGGCUGAGAUCACAGAGAGGGAAGCGGAGGUGUGUAACCAGAUCAUCCUGGUGGAGGACGUGUUGGCCCGGCUCUGUCAGAACACCUUCCCUCUGGCUCAGCUGCAGGCCCGGCCGCUCCCAGAGGGAGUCGACCCGCUCCGCUUGGAGAUCUACCUGUCUGACCAGGACUUUGAGAAAGCUUUAGAAAUGAAGAAAGAGGAAUACGAACGUCUGCCAGGGUGGAAGCAAGUGAACUUAAAGAAGGCCAAAGGACUGUUUUGAGGAAGUUUUUUUAAAAUGGAAGAUGGCACGUGAAGAGGACAAAGAGUGGACAGUUGCAGAUGGAGAGACACGGGCAACGACCUGUGAACCUGAAGUCUGAAGACGUCGACACAGAAAUCUGAAGAAAAAGCUACGUGAAGGUUGAGACUGGAGAUACGCUCGCCUCGCUUAUAUAGUCAUGUUCUACCUUACAUCUUUGUCAGUACGUAACAAAAUUAAAUUCAAGCGGUUUAACGGAAGGUAAAAACCCCACCGUGCUUUGAUCCAUACAUGGUGUAUGUGUGUAUUUGGACUAAAUCACCGCUCAUGCCAUGGACGUGCACACUAGGACGCUUGGUGUCAGAGUGCCAUGCUACGGUCGUGUAUGUAUGUGCGUGCGACUGUAUAUAACGUUUGUGUACGUACGUGCGCCUGCGUAACGUUGGUGUAAAUGUGUGUGUGUGCGUAGGUGCGUUUGUGACUUUGUAUUUAUGUAAAAAAAAACAAAAAACCUGUAGGAGCAGGAUGAGGUCGACGUCAGACGUUGUGAGUGUCGUUUUUUUUUUUCUUCUCUUGUCUACAGCGUCUGGAUGCUGUCAGGCCAAGUAGGUCAAAACUAAUGUUGCUCGAUUGUGUUGAAACUGCCGUGUGACUCUGACUGAGUGACUGAGCACCUGAGAGCAGAGUGAAGAGUUGUAAUUAAAAAAAAAAAAAAGGUUUGAUUUUAAUGAGGAAUGAGAAGCAGCAGCUUGAUGAAUCUGAAUGUAUAGUGCCUUGCUUUUUGUGUACAGUUUAUAUACAGAAAUUCUAGUCUGCAUUUUUAAAGACUUUCUUUGUGAUAUAAGACAUAGUGAAUUAAAUCACAAUUAUGCCCAACUAAAACCACGAGUCUGUCUGUGUCUCCUGCUUCAUAAAUUAAAGCAGUAACAUUUUUAAGAUUAUUUCUGAAUCAUUUUCUGAAUUCAUUGAUUAAUCAUUUGGUCAGAAAAUUGUGAAAAAUGUCCAUGAACCAAAGAAGAUGUGUUCAGAUUGCUUGUUUUGACCAAAAAUAAAGUCGAAAACCAAAAAGACGUUCAGAUCAAAGACAAAGAAAAGCAGCAGAUCAUCACAUUCGAGGAGGUGGAAAUCAUGAGUUUUGCACAUUUUUUUUGGGGGAGGGGAUGAAUUAAAAUAAAUAAUUGAUUUUCAAAUU